AUGAAUGAGCUUCAUAUCGUUUCUAGAGCAGAUGUAUUCGACAAAGAAGAGCAUACUACUCAUGUAGAGUCCAUUUUACCUGAAUUGGACCUUGAAUUUGUUGAAGUGCCAUCUGAUGGCGCGGGAAACGAAAUUGAUAAUGAUGAUGAUGAGUUCGAGUUCCCACUUUUCUCUGCUAUAACUUCGGAUAAUACCAAAUUUGCCAAUUCUUAUGUUGACGAUGAUAGAGGACGUUGUAAAGAACGGUUGAUGAAAGUCUCGCUACGUGAACCAUCACCAGAAGUGAUUGUGCAAGAAAGGCCGAGAAAUUUCUAUUUUGCCGAAGUUUCCAACGAGAGGAGAAAUGAGUUCAUACAGAGCUCUGUGGAUUACGACCAGAUUAUUGCACAGCAAAAGAUUUCGACGCAAGACCGAUGGCCACAGUUCAAGGGUAAAGUGUUGGAUGUUAGUGCGCAUAAUCUGAAAGUUGAUGAAGAGAUACGAAGAGAAAUGAAAGUGAAAAAGAGAAGGCCUGGGAAGAAACAACGCCUAGCUAAGAAACUUGGCGCCCAAAGAGAAUCUGAACGUCAAGAAAGAGCUCGAGACAUUAAGAAGGCGAUUAAAAAGAAGUUUCAUAAACGAGGCGGGAGGAAAAACAAGAAGCCCGAAGUCAAACCCGAAGUCAAACCAAAAUUUAGAACAGAAUGA